AUGAACAAUGAGACUCAGGCAAACAGUGGCCUCGGAGCUCUUUUCAGCAGCUUGGCUGGUUGGCUUUUCAUCUGGAUGGGGAUACCCCGGGACAAAAACUCAACAGGAAUCCCCAUCCAGAACCAGAUGAGAAGCCAACCAGCCAAACUGCUGAAAAGACAGGCUGCUGGUCUUGCUGGCAUCCAGUUACGAGACGAGGGAGCUAAGACUGCCAAAUCCAUUAAGAUUGCCAAUGCCCCCAGAGCUAGUGCUCCCAGUGUCAAUGCCCCCAUUGCCAAUACCGUCAGUGCCAGUACCGGUGCUUCUAGUGUAGCCAGUGCCUCCAGUGCCAGUGUUACAGUCAAGGUUACCCCUAAGAGGCGCGCGCACAAAAACCGCAACAAUCGCGAAAUAACAGAAGUGGCACAGGAGAGGGCCUCUACUCUUGGUGAGGAUGAAUAUGAAUAUGAGAGCGAAGACGAUCAAUGCGACGACGCUGAUGAAAAUGCGUCUGUUUCCGGUUCUGAACGACAGAACCUCAGCGGAGUGGAUCGCAGGAUUCCCGUCAAGAAGCAUUAA